UCAUGCAAUUUCUUCAAAAUGGCGUACGCACAGCAUGUAGCUCGCUCGCGUGCAUAAGGACGAUUGGAGCUGUCAAAAUCAGCGCUGCGUAGUCAACAACAGUCAACAGGUCAAUUCCAGAACUUGCUUGCACGUGUACUCUCUAGAAAAUGUAAACUGAAUCUAUCGACGCAUCAUGUCGCCGGAGCCCACGCAGGAACCCAUUCAGGAGAGUCUGACAGUUUCCAACGUAGUCCUGGAUGCGAGAGCGGCGAAUGAUGAGGAGGACAGUGAUGAUGAGGCUAUGGGUAUGGCGGGAUACAUGCCGCUAUCCCAAGUGUCCACCGAUGCCGAUCCUAUGUUAGGCGAAGAAGAGAAUGACGAGUGGCUAUCUGGAUUUGGUGAAUCUAGUCAAGCGUCAUCCGUUCCGAUAACUGAAGAAACUCAGCAAAGUUCUUCGGAGAUACUGGAAGUCUGGUCGUGUCCAAACAAUCGUUCUGACAUUGAUCUGGAUGCGACUAAGAUCAAAGAAGUAAAAUCCGUGAUGGCGUCCAUUACCAUCCCCGAAACUUCCAUUCCGCAAUGGGCGAGCGCGAUCUCGGAAGAGCAAUGGAAAGAGCAGCUUCUCGUACGCAUCAAGCAGAUGCAGAACAAAGAUUCGUAGAGCUGAGGUCGCAAUGUAGUCGCUGCUUGCAACAAAGAGUUAAAAUCAUUACUGUCAGCCGUACACGUGACGAGCGGUACAUCUGGAAUUAUUCCAAGUAUAAUUUAAUACAAUGUAAAAGAUGCAGAAACAUAAUCGAGAUGCCUAUUGGCAUCUCUGAGUCGUAUAUAUUUUAACAUUUAAGUGUAAAAAAUAAAAUAUUUGAUUUUUAUAUCAGUUAAGUUAGAAGCUGUCUCGAACAGGCUUUUAACUCUUGUUAAUGCGUAGGAUGUAUAAUUGUGGUGUGAGAGGAAUAUAAAUCAAAACCUAUUCGAA